AUGUCAAAGGUCCUUAAACAAUGUGUUGUUCGGCCGAAUCCAGAUUGCCCUGCUGGUAAGCCCGGUCUGCCGGGAGAAGAUGGUCAAGAUGGAGAAGAUGCUCCCGAUGGCCCUCCAGGAAACGACGGAUUAAAUGGCGAUACCCACGACGAAAACGGAUGCUUCCUAUGUCCUGCAGGUCCACCAGGUCUUCCUGGAGAACCGGGACCACGUGGGCCUAUAGGUGUGCAAGGAGAUCCUGGAGAACCAGGGUAUCAUGCUAUUCGAAUCGGACCGCCAGGUCCACCGGGAUAUCCAGGCUCUCAAGGCCUCAAGGGAUCUCCGGGUCUACCAGGAAUACCCGGUUUCUCCGCCUUCAACUUUAAUGUUCCCGGUGAAAAGGGACCACCAGGCCCACAAGGUGAACCUGGAUCUAUCGGUGAGCCAGGUAUCGACGGUGAGAUCGGUUAUGUCGGCCCCGUUGGCGAACCAGGUCCUGAGGGACCUUGA